AUGAGUACAUUGAGUAGUAGUACAAGCUAUAAUCUUACGUUACUUGUCGUGGUUCUCUCGGCGGUACUAUUGGUCUCAAAGCUCAGUUUUGCAGCGUUUGUGAGCAUCGAUUGUGGAGCAUCCGAUUCUUACACCGAUGGAAAUCAGAUAACGUGGGAAGGAGACAAUGGUUAUGUGCAAAGUGGUGAAUCCCAACAAGUUGAUCAGCUUUACUCAGGCGAUCAUGUGCUCAGCACUCUAAGAGUAUUCCCAACUUCAGGGAAUGGCAAUUGCUAUACCAUCGGCGAUCUGGAGGAUGGUGAAAGAGUUCUCGUUCGUGCAACUUUCUUCUAUGGAAACUACGAUGGACAAAACUCUCCUCCCUCCUUUGAUCUCUUCUUCGAUGGAAACCAGUGGAUUACGGUGCAAAUGUCAGAAUAUCCACUGAAUACUUACGUUUAUACUGAGGCAAUAUACGUGGUAAGUGGAACUGCCACUAGCAUAUGCCUUGCUCAAACGCAGCCUAACCAGCUUCCCUUCAUAUCCGCGCUUGAGCUGCGCAGCUUGGGUCCGAAUAUGUACAGUCAUUUUGGUUCAAAUGAUCAUUUCUUGGUUGGCUUAAAUAGAGCUACUCACGCAAAGCAAUCUGUCAGGUAUCGUGAUGAUCCUUAUGACCGGAUAUGGGAAGUUUACGGAGCAAACCAAUAUGGGGAGAUUGUCACAAGUGAUGCUGCUACCAUUGAUGUUGGUACUGCAGAAGAACUACCUCCACAGGCUGCGGUGCGAAAUGCAUACACCAGUACAACUACUACUAGGACUUAUGCUUUGAAAACCAAUCUUCUGGGAUUGGGAGAAGGCAACAUCUACAUCAUCAUGUAUUUCUCUGAAGUGAUUCGGUUAGACCCAACGCAGAAAAGGUCCAUUCAAAUUUAUGUAGACGGAAAACCUUAUUUAGACCCCAUCAUCCCACCUUAUGGAAGCGUAUUGGAGGUGCACAUUUCUAACUUGGUUGCUUCUCCCAGCACGAAAGUCUCUGUGCAAGCUGCCUCUGAUUCCACUCUUCUUCCUCUCAUCAAUGCUUACGAAGUUUAUGCUGUAAUACCGUAUGGAAGCAAUAGCAAAGAUGGUUGCCAAUGGAAUGUCACCGCCUAA